CGCCGUUCUUAUGAUGGUUUCCUGAUUGCGGUGGUGGCCCUCGGGUCUGUACAGACUCCGUCGUUAGACAGAAGGCCUCCCGUCCCCAAAGUCGUGUUUCCGGUGCUGGGGAGGCCGCUUUCCAGGCACCUGCUCCUCGCUGGCUUUGGGGGCGGGGCCAGCGGACGGAAGCAGGAGGAAAGAAGCCGCCGGGCUCUUCCCGAAGCCCAAGAAGUAAAAAUGACAGCGCCUUCCAUGAAAGAAAGGCAAGUUUGCUGGGGAGCUCGUGAUGACUACUGGAAGUGCUUGGAUGAAAAUACCGAUGAUGCCUCUAAAUGUAAAAAGUUCAGAAGCAUUUUUGAAUCAAGCUGCCCUCAACAGUGGAGAUGUUAUAAAGGAUUCAUGGUUGGUGCAAGCUGGAGGCACGGAAGGAAAGCACUCAAGGCUGAGGGUUCAGGAAAAGUCAUGUUCAAGGUGAGGCUUCAGAAGCUGAAUCUCUGAGAGAGUGAGGGGUUUUAAGAGGUAGAGGUGAGGAGGGAGGAGUACCUUCUAUUGGCAAGGGAAAUGACAGGUGCUAAUGCAUAUAGAUGGGAGAUUGAGGCUAGUAUGUGACUAACAGAGGUAAGGUCAGUUUGGGUGGACUACUUUGUGGAACAGGAAGAAAAUUUGGGACUUAGAAGGUUGGUUGAAGCCAGAUUAUGAAGGGCUUCAGAAAGCGAGAGAGGUUUCUCUUUGAUCCUAGAAGCAAUAGACAGCUACUAGAGUAUAAUGCAGGGAGUGCCAUAGUAAGAUCUAUACUGUAAAGGGGAUGGACGGUAGUGGGGAGAGAUGAGGCAGAGGAAACAACUAGGAGCAAGAACCCAAGGGAAAGUUGAUAAGGGCUUCAACUAAGAUUGGUGAUUGUGUGAAUAAGAAGGGGACAGACUCAAGAGUUGUGGUGGUAUUAGAACCAAGGUUUGGCAAAUAAUUGGACAGGUAGGGGAAGAACCAGACAAGUAACGUCAUGAAAGCCUAGAGAAAAGGGUGUGUAUAGAACAGAUGCUCUUAACCUUGAAGCUAUUGGGGGGGGGGUCCUGUAGAUAAGAGUUGGGGGAGCUGCCCCCACCCUGGGCACAUUUGUGAACUGGAAUAGAAGUGAAUUACAACUUCAUUUUCACAAACUUUUAGCUGUAGCUCCUUCCUCCCAUUGGUAUAGAGAGCUCCCAGUGAUGAACUUCUACCAAAGCAGAUCUUUUCUGCAUCUUCCAGUCUUUGAAGUGCCUGGGUAGAAUAAGUAAACAGAGGAUAUGAAGAGCCAUCAUAUUAUUAGAGAUUGUAAUGAAGGAGGACAGAGGUGGAUUACAUUGAGGGGUUUUGAGAUGAAGAGAUAGACAGAAGUGGAUUACAUUGAGGGGUUUUGAGAUGAAGAGACAGACCCUGGUCAAUUUUCUCAGUAAAUUAAGAAGUCAGGUCCUCAGCUGAGAGUGUGGGAGUAAGGGAAAGGUAUGGUAUGCUUGAGGAAAGAAGAGAAGGUUCAGAACAGCCUCUAUGAAGAGUUCUAAAGAGAGUCAAUUAGGGAGGAAUAGAGAGAGGCCUUGAUUCAGAGAAGACCCAGCUGAAGUGUGGUGACAUCAGUUUGUAGUGUACCUAGUCAGCUUGGUUGUUAGACUUCUUCCAACUCUGUUCAGCAGCAUGUAAGUAGGAGGGAAAAGGUAGAUUAUAGGAGUUAUUCAAGGUUGAGGUUUGGCAAAAGUUAAGAAUUGGGAGAUAAGAUAAGGGAUUCAAGAGCCUAUAGGAUGAAAUUGAAUUUCACUAACUGUGGUCAAGAUUGGGAAGGAAGGUAAGUUUAAAAAUGGAGUGGAAGGAUUAGAGAUAAUAUAUUAUCUCUUCCACACUGUGACUUUUCCCAUUGCGGUUUUGAUAUAUUAUGGGCCAGCACAAGAAAUUAAAUGGGAAUUUUUUGGGAGUUUUGUGGAAGCUGUAGAUGACACAAAAAAA